AUGUCAUUACAGUUCCACUGUGACUGGCUACUUACUGAAAAGCAUGGUUUGGAUGUUUCAAAGGUGCAUAUAUUGAUGAAUCUCCCAGCGAAGUCUUUAGAUUUUCUGCCACAUUUUCGAUCGCUUUUAGCUCAGAAGGAAACGGUUAAAAGACAGCAAGCUGAUAACGACUUUCCAAAUCAGUGGUAUGCUGAAAAAGGAGUAUCACUGGUAAGGGAAAAAAUAGGAGUCGACGAUUUUGAAAUACACAAUAUCCAAUUUGUACGGCGAGUUGCUGCUCGUAAGUGGAUGCUUUGUGUCUCCUUUGAGUUGCCCCUCAAAUUGCUUCUUGGUCUUACAGACCAAUUGAGAGAUGGUGAAUCAAGAGGAACGGUAGCUGUCGCAAAUAUCGUUCACUGCAAUACAGAUUUUGCUGGAAACGCUCAGAAAGCUGCGACUCAAAAACGGGAAUUUUCUGUUACUACUCAAUUGCCUGAAAAACGUGAAGUUUUUGAGCCAGUGUUGAAAAAAGGGAAGGAAGAAUAA